AUGGAUGUUUCUCAAAAGGAUUUAAUACUAAAUAGAAUUCGAGACUACUUGAGCAGACAAUCAAACAAGGUUAAGGCCUUGCAUUACUGCAUAUCAAUAUAUAUUAGUUAAUGCAUCUCUUCUAAUAAAAAUAUUUUUAGAUAUAAUCGCAAUAUUAGUAGCUAGGCUGCAAUUAAAAGAUUAACUUGUUGGAGAUUUAUAUAAAAUAUUAUAAUAUUAGAUCAAUCAUCUAUAAGACAAUAUAUGUAGCAUACAUAAAUAAAGAGAUUAAAUAAAUGAUGAGAUAAUUUCAAAAGAAAAUAGAUUAAAUUGCAUAAAACAAGGAAUGAGAACUUAAAGAAUUUCAAAUUUUAUAAAUCAGUAAUUUGAAGAAUUGGUUGAUAGUAUAAAGAAGUUCAAUGAGAAAUUUGUUUAUUUGAACAAGAAAAUUAGGAUUUCAAAAAAAUCUUAAUUCAUUAGAGGAAGAAAAUAAUGA